AUGGCUUCGUCUCCAAAGAUCCGCGUGGCCCUCAUAGGCCUCAAUGCUCCAUACGCUGGCACUCCAACGGGCGUGAACUGGACGGCGAAUGCUCAUCUGCCAUAUCUCCGAGACUCCUCGAAAUAUGAGCUGGUCGCUCUGCAGAACAGUUCGGCUGAGCGAGCCGCGAAAUCGAUAAAAGCGCAUGGUCUGGAUCCCAAAAAGGUGAAAGCUUACGGGACCCCUGAGGAGGUCGCCAACGACCCCAACAUCGACCUGGUCGUAAGCAGCAUCCGUGUCGAUCGCCACGCCGGCUCCCUCAUCCCUAGCAUCAAGGCUGGCAAAGAUGUCUACGUUGAGUGGCCGGUCGAAGCAAACUACUCCAUAGCCAAAGAACUCACCGACUUGGCUAAAGCCCACAACGUCAGGAACGUAGUGGGCAUCCAGGGCUCCUUCUCUCCCAUAGCCACGAAAAUCAAGGCUUUGAUCGACGGCGGCGAGCUCGGGCGGGUGACCAGUAGCACCACCAUCACGACUCUCAACUACGUCGGCCCCACCAUCCCCAGUUUCAUCGACUACUUCGUAGAUAAGAAGACCGGAGGGAAUCCGUUCACCAUUGACUUUGGGCAUGUGCUGGAGUGUCUCAAGGCUGUGCUGGGCGAGAUAUCAACCCACCACUCCCUCCUCGUCAACCAGUACCCAGAAGUUGACGUCGUCGACCCCGCAACUAGAGAAGUGAUUGAGAAAGGCCGCAAGAACACCGUCCCCAACCAGGUCGUCUUCGACGCGAUCCUGAAGUCCGGCGCUGUGCUUACUUACAAGCAACACGAUGCCGCUGGCAUCCCGCCUGGCGCAACGCCGCGAAAAGAUAAGAGCCGGUUGCCUGUGUUCGACUGGCGCAUCUUUGGCUCCAAGGCGGAGGUCCGCGUAACGAGCUACGACUCGAUCUUUCCGAAUAUCGGCAGCAAUGAUUUCAAGGUCGAGAUUUGCAAAGCUGAGGACGGCGCGGUGGUUGAGGUGGACCUUGGGACGGAUGACUUUGGGCAUCUACCGGAGGCGGCGAGGAAUAUUGCGAGGCUUUAUGAGGCGUUUGCUGCUGGGGUGGAUGAGAAGAACGAGAAGAGGGUGUGGUAUCCGGACUUUGAGUAUGCCUUGAAAACGCAUGAGUUGAUUGAAGGCAUGUAUAGAGAGAACGGUUUUUGAAAAGUAUCCCUUAACCCGUCGUACUUGGCUCUACGAUAUCGAGAAGGAUGCAACCAAUAGAAAGCUUCGAGGGAUAGGAACUGGAGCGAAUUACUUGAGCAAUACACUCCCUCUUUGCUUUUUGUACACUUGCCUAAUACCGC